GUUCAUUGCCUCAGAAACAAUAAAUUGGUAAAGCAAUGAAACCCUUUGUAAAACGUUUAUCACUCAUCAUUUUCAUUCCUCUCAUUCUCUCACUCUUGUUUCUGAUUUUUAUUCAAAAGGAAACGUCUAUGGCAGCCUAUGAAGUAUUUGGAGUGAAGAUUGAGAAGAAUCCAUCAAAAUCCAAACUCAAUGAACUUGGUGUUUCAUCUUGGCCUAAGUGGGAAGGUGGUCCGUUAAAAAUUCCAUGGUCCUUUGAAAAUGAAGAAACAAUGUAUCUACUUGAAGGAAAAGUGAAGGUCACAGUUGAAGAAUCAGUUGGAUCCUUUGAAAUUGGAGGUGGUGAUUUAGUUGUUUUUCCUAAAGGAAUGAACAUUACAUGGGAUGUAACUGAACCUGUCAAGAAGCACUAUAGCUUGAAAAAAGAAUGACCCUAUAAUAACCCUUGUGGUCUAAUUGGUAAUUAUGCUAUGUAUGAAUUUGAUUAAGUGAUUAUCAAACACUAUGCAACUAAGCCUUCACUUCCAUUGGAUUAUACCUUUGAUAGGAAGUAGUAAUUUGCAAUCAGUAUGUUUAUGGUGAUUAUGGAUAUUUGAAUUGGUACUCCAACUAUGCUAAUAUAUUUAAAUUGAAUGAUCA